AGAUAUAUAACAAUUAAAUGUAAAAGAAGUAGUAAAUUCAUGAGCCCUACAGUUAUUGUUGAAUAUACUACUUUUUCCCUUUCAUUUUUCUUUAACGACGUUAUUUUCCUACACUUUUGUAUAACCUCAAUGCUGUUAAAUAUUCUGUGUUAUUAUCGUUAUUAUCUAUUCUGCGGAAUUUAUGACAUUUCGUGACAGUUUGCAUCUGGUACACUUAACCUAAAAAGAAAUCGAACUCUAAAAUUCUUUUAAAGUUCAAUAAAAUAAGUUUACAAUGUCAGAUUCGGAUGAGGAAUCGUUUAGUUUUUAUGGAAAACCACUGGAACAAUACGAUGAAGAUUCGAUUCCAAAGCGAAAACCAAUCCCUGUAGAAGAUCAAAUAGCAACAGAUGACCAUGGAAGAAGAAGAUUUCAUGGAGCAUUUACCGGAGGGUUUUCAGCAGGAUUUUUUAAUACUGUUGGUUCUUUAGAAGGUUGGAAACCCACAGAGUUUAAAAGUUCCCGAUCUGAAAAGGCUGAAAGAAAAGUAGCAAAACCUGAAGAUUUUAUGGAUGAUGAAGAUAUGGGGGAACAUGGAUUUGCCCCACAAACAGUUCGGGCUACAAAAGAUUACUCCACAUCUAAAAAAAGAAAAAAAGCAGUUUUUUCAGAAGGUCCUAUUCCAGGUAUUCCUGUUUUACAAUCAUUAAUUGAAGCGGGAAAUGAAACUAUCGGAUAUUUGUUAAUGAAAAACAUGGAUCUAAAAAAGAAAAAGGAAGUUUUAGAAGCUUCACAUGAAGAUGGACCUAAAGUUUAUGGAUGUGUAAUGCCAAAAACAUACGAGAUAGAAAGAAAUAUUGAGAAUGAUGACAUCAUCCCAAACAUUUUCCGUGUAUAUAUAAAAUCACCUAAAAGUAACACUUUUGGAUUAGGUUAUAGUGGUUUAGAUAAAUCAGAAUUGAGCUUAAGAAAGUCAACUCAACUGGUUGUCAAAGAUCAAAAUAAUCGUAAAUUAGCUAUUUCCGGGCAAGCCUUUGGUGUGGGGGCUUUUGAAAAUGAUGAUGAAGAUAUUUAUGCUAAAGAUGAUAUGUCACAGUAUGAUUUUGAAAUUACCAAAGAAAAAAAGGGGAAAAAUGAAAAUCAUAACUUUAACCAUCCUGAAUUUAUUAAAGGAUCUCAAUUACUUAAUAAUAAAAAAUAUCCACCUCCCACAAUUCCACAAAGUUUUAGUGGGAAACAUAAAAUUCGUAAAUCACGAUUUGAGCCUAUUCAUCAAGAAGAGGAUAAAAAAGAGAUUAAACGGAAGGAUAUGAAUGCAGCUAUAAGAGCUAAAUAUAUUGGAGAAGAAGUUCCUGGUACUUCAAAAGAUUUAUUUAAGGAAACGCCAAGUGGAAGCGCAACAAUAAAUAAAGAAAAUAUUAAGAAAACGGAAAAUGUUAAAAUAAAACAAGAAAGUUCAGGAUUUUCAAAUUUAAUUUUUGAUAAAUUUGUUUCUGCAAGUAUUAGUGAAAAUCCACACGAUAUUUUAGCAAAAGUUGAGCCAACAUAUACAGAACAUGGAACUAAGGAAAUGCGAGAUGCUGCUAAGUUAAAAAUGUAUGGACCAUUAACAAGGGUUAUUAUCGAUUGGCAACCUUGUAGUUUGGUUUGUAAAAGAUUUAAUGUUAAAGAACCUGUGUAUGAUGAAAAUAGGAAAGAUAGAGGUAAAAAGAAAAAUCAAAUUUUCUUUGAAUAUGAAAAACAUAAAGAUGAAGGAUUAGUAUUAAAACCUGGUUUAAUAAACACAAAGGAAGAUACUAUAAUUGAAGAUAAAAAUAUUGAAGAAAUCAAAAGUGUUGAAGAAAUUAAAAGUAUCAUGGAACCAAAAAAAGAACAAAUUCAAGACAUAAAACAAUCAAUUACCGAAAUUGAUCUUGUAAGGAGGGAAGAAAUAAGUGAAGGACUUUCAUUAGAUAAGAAAUAUGAUGAGCCAAAACAAAUUCAAGAAACAGAUAAAAUAGAUGUAGCCAAAAAUAUUGAUCUUUUUAAAGCGGUGUUUUUAAGUAGUAGUGAAUCAGAAUCUGAAGAUGAAGUUGAACAAAAAUCCCAAGAGGAUAAUCAAGAUUCUAAUCUAAUAGAAACUAUUACAAAGACAGUUUUAACCGAAGAUUUAAUAAUAAAAUUUAAACCUAGGAAAGAAGGGAUUUUAUCUAAUAUUAAUUUUACGCCUUUAUCAAAACCAGAAACUAGCGAAAAAGAAAUUCCAGAAAUGACAACAAAAGACACUAAAGUGAAUCAGAAAGAAGAGACGAAAGAUCCGCUUCUUUAUGGUCCAGCAUUACCUGUUUCAGUUGAAAAAACUUGUGUUUAUGUUCCUCCUAAAAUUAAUUCAAAACCGGCGGAGGAACAGUGGGUUGAAAAAGAGUUGAUAGAGAAAAUACAAAAACAUAAGAAGAAACAUAAGAAGGAAAAAAAGAAAAGUAAAGAUAAAAAGCAUAAAAAGUCUAAGCAUAGAAAAUAAGAAGUAUUUGAUUAAUAAAGUUUUAUUCUGUGAUAUAUUCUGUAUAAUAAUAUUUUUAGGUGUAUAUAUAUUUUAAGGAAUUCAAUUAAUUAAUGGAAUCAUGAUAAAUGUAAUAACUAAGUGAUUAAUAACAAGAUUAUUUGAUUUAAAAUUUAACAAUCAAAUUGAGAAUUUAAUAAGAUAAUUUUUUGAUAUAUACAGGUGUUUCUGUAAGACUUACAGAAACGCCUCGCCUGUAUAACAAAUUAAUCGCAUUAAAGGCGUUCAGAGACACUGUGUCAACUGAGUAACAAAUUGUAAUAAUGACGAUAAUAAGAUCUAAAGUUAAUUUGUCAUAAAUUGUUCCCAUUAAGGAAUUAUAUUCUAUACCAACUUAUGCUCUCAAUCUACCGCAAAAUGUUUCACUUAAAUUUAAAAUAUACUUGCAAGAUAAUGUAUGCUUGGUAGAACUAUCAAUAGAAAUUUUGUAAGAAAAAUAAACUAAUCUACUUUAUUUGUUGUUAUGUCAGGUGACAAAUGAAUUGUAGACAAAAUAGAAUUAUUAUACAAAUUAGUAUUAAA